AAGUGUCUGAUACGAAUCACCUUUUGACCAAUAACAGACGAGGAGCUCCCCAGCAGCAUUUCCCAUACAAAUUCGAUCGUUGUUGCAGCGAUGGCAGCGAACGGCGCAAGUGGCGGCGGCAGUCGCAAGGAUCCCAUCCUAGACUUGGCCAAAUACAUCGACCAGGAGGUUCGCGUUAAGUUCCACGGUGGUCGCGAGGUGACGGGCACGCUUAAGGGCUACGAUCAGCUGGUGAAUCUGGUACUGGACGACUGCGUCGAGUUCCUGCGUGACCCUAACGACGAGUACCGAAUCACGGACGAGACGCGUAAGGUGGGUCUGGUGGUGUGCAGAGGCACAUCCGUCAUGCUUGUGUCUCCCGUGGACGGCACAGCCGAGAUCCCCAACCCGUUCCUGCAGCAAGAGGGAUAGGAAGACUGCGAUGUCCAAGACUUUUUCAGAAGGUUUCUCUAGAUAAGAUCCCAAGAUCCAUAUUCGUGCUUUAUUGCUUUUCUGCUACAGUGCAUUCU